AUGGCCAAAUGGGCAGUCGAGCUCAGCGAAUACGACAUCGAAUUCAAAAGCAGAACGAGCGCAAAGUUUCAGUGUCUCUACGUCGACGGUUCAUCUUCACGAAACAGAUCAGGUGUUGGAAUACGACUCAUAUCUCCUACCAGUGAAAUCAUCGAGCAGUCCUUUCGCCUCGCUUUCCCGGCCUCCAAUAACGAAGCUGAAUAUGAAUCUCUCAUCGCUGGUCUCCGUCUUGAAAAAGUGGUUGGUGUGAACAAGAUAGAAACUUUCUGCGACUCUCAGCUCGUCGCCAAUCAAUUCAGCGGCGAAUACGAAACAAGAAACGACCGAAUGAAUGCUUACUUACAAGUCGUUCAAAAACUUUCCCAAGAUUUCACCAACUUCACCCUCACCAAGAUUCCUCGAAACGACAAUUCCUCUGCCGACGCUCUCGCCGCUUUAGCAUCAACCUCUGAUCCUUCGCUCAGAAGAAUGAUUCCAGUGGAAAGCAUCAAUAACCCAAGUAUCGAGUUAGCUAUGGGAGUCAACAUCAUAGAUGACCUCGGCGAAGAGAUGGACGGCGCCAAUGAGAUAGACGAACCUACACCCGAAGAAGAAGUCGUGGAUCCAAUCGAUUAG